UCGUACUUUACCGUUUUUUGCUUUCGCCGAGGCAGGUUCGUUGCGCGCGCUCUAUCCGUUGUCCGUUUACAUCGCAUUUUCGCAGCGGCCAAACAAACGAAUUACACAGAUUUACCUCUGUUUUAACACCGUGUUCUGCGUGUGCCGUGUUUUGGAGUUGUUUUUUUUCUGUGUCCCGCGUUUCGUCUCGUCCCGUGUGUGUUUUUAGACAAGAAUUGGCCAAAAAUCGGAGAAUUAUUUCCGAGUGAUAAAUUGUUGAAAGUCGUGGAAGGCCCUGGACCGGGGGCCCCGCGCAAACCCAAAGAAUAUACCAAAACGAGAUGGAAAAAGCAAUGUUAUGCAGUGCAGUGCAAAGAAGUGAUUAAAGAAUAAAAUAUAGAAGAAGAGAAAGAGAAAGAGGAGGAAAGGAGGAAUAAGCAGAAGCGACUCUAGGGAUUCGAGAAUCUUUCUUCUCUUUUCGGACCCCCUCACUCUCCUUCGACUGCGAAGCAGCUCUGCUUCAGGAGUCCUCUGUCCUUUCUGCUUCUCUUCCACUCCGCCCCGCUGUCCGGCUAUCCGGCCAUCCGGGCCCGCAAAAGCCGCCAAGAUUAAGUUCUCCAAGCAGCAUCCACACCACGCAUACCGGCACACGGACAACCUCUACGACGGUGGCACUGACACCGACGACGACGAAUGUCCCUUGGAGUCGACCACCAUGAAUCCCUACGAGUAUGAGUCGACGCUCGACUGCCGCGACGCGGGCGGCGGCCGGGGACCAGGCACGCUGCCCAUGACGGGUCGUCACACGGCCGGAGGCACUGCCUCCGCCUCCGCCUCAUCGGUGGCCGGCAGCAGCCAGACGCUCCAGCACCAGAACCAACAGAAUCUGCAGGCCGCCGCCGCCGCCGCCGCCGCUGCCGCUGCAGCCGCCGCACAGUCGUCCCACUACGACUACGAGUACCAGCACUUGCCACACCGUCCGCCGGACGCAACGGCGACCUUGACGGCGCAGCGAACACACGGAAGACAAGGCUUCCUCCUGGAAGGAGUCACGCCAACGGCCCCACCGGAUGUACCGCCGCGUAAUCCAACAAUGAGUCGCAUGCAGAAUGGUCGUUUAACCGUUAACAAUCCGAAUGACGUUGACUUUGAGCCAUCUUGUUUGGUGCGAACGCCAUCGGGCAACGUUUACAUUCCUAGUGGAAAUCUAAACAUCAACAAGGGCUCUCCCAUCGAUUUCAAGAGCGGCUCGGCCUGUUCCACACCCACAAAAGACACACUGAAGGGCGGAUACGAGCGCACCACUCAGGGAGGAGGCUGCAGAGGGCCGGUCUUGCCGCCGAGCGUCAUGAACGGACUGCCGUCGCACCACUACUCGGCGCCGAUGAACUUCCGCAAGGAUCUGGCCGCCCGCUGCUCGUCGUCCUGCAUGAUCGGGGCGUUCACAGCACUGUGCGUGGCCAUCCUGCUGGUGGUCCUGCUGAGCAUCACCGGAGUGGUGAACUGGUCCCAUCCGGCGCCCUGCACCGUUCUAGUCGGCAACGAGGCCUCCGAGGUCACGGCUGCCAAGAGCACGAACACGGACCUCUCGAAACUGCACAACUCCUCGGUACGCGCCAAGAACGGACAAGGCACUGGAACCGCACAAGGCCAAGGACUCGCCGGAGGCGCUGGCGGAGGAUCAUCGGGGGCCGCCGUCACGACGGCCACAUCGAACAGCGGAACGGCCCAGGGACUGCAGUCGACGUCCGCCUCCUCCGCAGAGGCCACGUCCUCGGCGGCCACCUCAUCCUCGCAGUCCUCCCUGACGCCUUCGACGUCGCUCUCCUCAUCCCUGGCGAAUGCCAAUAAUGGAGCUGUAGGAAGAGCAAUGUCAACGCUUCUGUCAGUCAGUGGGGCAGGCGAUGAGCGACAUCACCAUCGACAUCGACGAAGUUUAAUCGAGGGGUUUGAGGAGCAGCAGGAUGGCAGUGGCAAUGGCGCUGCCGAUGCCGAUGAUGAUGUGGCGGCUACAGACGUUUCAGGAAGUUUCAGCAACUUAAUUACUAGCGAAAGCCUGGACCUGGACCUGGAGCAGGAGCAAGAGCAGGCUAAAAAUGUCCCGCCCGGCAUUGCGACAGAGCCGGCGAGGACAGGGCAAAGUAAUUACGAUAAAACUUUGCCCAAAUUCGAUAGCGUAUUGAGUGCCCAGCCCCAGGACGAAGGCUUUGUGGACGACUUCAGCGACUAUGUCUAUGAAGAUGAGGCUGAGGCUGAAACUGAAGCUGAAGUUACGGCUGAAGCGGAGACGGAGACGAAUACGGAGAAGGAGUUCCAGAGGAGGCCCAGAAGCGAGCAACAAUUUGGCAAAUCAUUAAACAGCAAUUUACGGAGCGCGGCCAAAACGAUGGUCAAAAAGAGGACAAAAUAUGACUCGAAGAUGCAGAAGGAGGUGGAGAAGGAGGUGGAGAUGGAGAUGGAGCAGAUGGUGGAGGAGCAUCUUGAAGAGACCAGCGAUACCAUUGAGAUGGCAACGGAGAUGGCGCGGGAGCUAGAGCUGGAUCUGAAGCUGAAGCUGGAGGUGGAGCCCAGCACAUUUGUUGCUGUUAUUGAUGACGAUAAUCAAACUGACAACAGCAGCUCAGGAGCGCCGGCGCCGGAGACGGGCACGGAGACGCUUUUGAGGAGUGACACCGAUGACAUUGUUGAAAUCAACACCCAGCCAGGACGAGCCGAGAGCCAGGAGCAGCAGCAAACGAGGCAAAGACAAAGCACCCUCCUCAUCGCCGCCGCCUCAUCCGCAAGCAUGCCUGCCAAGGAAAAUGAUUUUCAAAUCAGUGGGCAGGAUGGGGAGGAGGAGAAAGAGUCUGGGGAGCCGCAGCAGGAGAAACCUGCCAUUGAUGAUAACAAUAAUGAGCGUGAUUUAGCUGACAACUAUGAGGUAGUCGGGGAGGAGGAGACGCCGCCCGCACAAGGCAGGGCGACUGAGGAGAACCGCGAGGAGCAACCAUCAUCGCCAUCUCCACUGCCACUGCCACUGCCACUGCCACCACUUCCAACACUAGGAACCAAUCCGAGCAUCUCCGACCUAAUGCUGAACGAUGCCUCCCCCAUUGAGGAGGAUGAGGACAUUGACAUAGUAAAACUGGAUGAAACUCUCAGCUCCAAUGAAGAGGAGGUUUACAAGACGGCCAGCAAGGAAGAGCCAGAGCUGAAGCCAAAGCCAAAGCCAAAGACAGAGGCGGAUCAUCCUGAGGCUGUCAGGGAGAACGAGGUGCUCAAACAGCAGGGGGACAGCGAGGACAACGAGGACAACGAGAUACCCGUCCAUCUGAAGCCGCUCAAGCCGUACGUGAGUGAGCGCAUUGAUCAGCCCGGCAGACGCAUCUUUGUGAACCUGACGAUAGCCACCGAUGACGGCAGCGACUCCGUGUACACCCUGCACGUGGAAGUGCCCACGGGCGGGGGCUCGCACACCAUCAAGGAAGUGUUGAGCCACGAACAGAGGACGCCCCAGUCCCAGUCCCAGUCCCAGUCCCAGCACCAAUCCCAGCCGGCGGACAGCAGUGCGGACAACAGCUGUGUCCCGGAGCCACCGCCUCGCAUGCCCGACUGCCCCUGCAGCUGCCUGCCCCCCACCAUGCCCGUGUACAUGGACGACAACGUUGACAUUGACUCUGCUCCAACAACGACACCGGGGACCAUUUUGAGUGUCGGUGCCCCCCAGCCCCAGCAGAGACCAAAAGAAGAGUUUGACGCUGGGACUGAGGAUGGGGUCGGUGACGGUGACGGUGACGGGGACACUGACACGGGGGGACCAAUGCCUGCCACAUCCGCUGCGCCCAGCAAUGCUACUAACCCCCCCGCUAGCCACCCCGCCACCGAGCUCGAUAACAACAUUGCCGCCUCCUAUACUGAACCGAGUGUUGGUGCAGGUGCAGGUGCUGGUGCUGGUGCAUGCCCCGAUGUAAUGCCAAUACUCAUACUGGAAGGAGCCCGCACCUUCCCGGCACGCAGCUUCCCACCGGACGGCACCACCUUUGGCCAGAUAACGCUCGGCCAGAAGCUGACCAAGGAGAUCCAGCCGUACAGCUACUGGAACAUGCAGUUCUACCAGUCGGAGCCGGCAUACGUCAAGUUUGACUACACCAUACCGCGCGGAGCCUCGAUCGGGGUGUACGGACGCCGCAACGCCCUGCCCACGCACACCCAGUACCACUUCAAGGAGGUGCUCAGCGGCUUCAGCGCCAGCACACGCACGGCACGGGCUGCUCACCUGUCCAUAACGCGGGAGGUUACACGCUACAUGGAGCCGGGUCAUUGGUUCGUCUCGCUCUACAACGAUGACGGGGAUGUGCAGGAACUGACCUUCUACGCGGCCAUAGCCGAGGACAUGACCCAAAACUGCCCGAACGGGUGCUCCGGCAACGGGCAGUGCCUGCUGGGGCACUGCCAGUGCAACCCCGGCUUCGGGGGCGACGACUGCAGCGAGAGCGUCUGCCCGGUGCUGUGUUCGCAGCACGGCGAGUACAUCAACGGCGAGUGCAUCUGCAAUCCCGGCUGGAAGGGCAAGGAGUGCUCGCUGCGGCACGACGAGUGCGAGGUGGCCGACUGCAAUGGGCAUGGCCACUGCGUCAGCGGCAAAUGCCAAUGCAUGCGCGGCUACAAGGGGAAAUUCUGUGAAGAAGUGGACUGCCCGCACCCGAACUGCUCGGGCCAUGGAUUCUGCGCCGACGGCACCUGCAUCUGCAAGAAGGGCUGGAAGGGACCGGACUGCGCCAUCAUGGACCAGGACGCCCUACAGUGCCUGCCCGACUGCUCGGGCCACGGCAGCUUCGACCUGGACACCCAGACCUGCUCCUGCGAGGGCAAGUGGAGUGGCGACGACUGCUCCAAGGAGCUGUGCGACCUCGACUGCGGCCAGCACGGACGCUGCGAGGGCGAUGCCUGCGCCUGCGACCCCGAAUGGGGCGGCGAGUACUGCAACACGAAGCUCUGCGACGGCCGCUGCAACGAGCACGGCCAGUGCAAGAACGGAACGUGCCUCUGCGUGACCGGGUGGAAUGGCAAGCACUGCACCAUCGAGGGCUGUCCCAACAGCUGCGCCGGACACGGCCAGUGCCGGGUGAGCGGCGAGGGUCAGUGGGAGUGCCGCUGCUACGAGGGCUGGGACGGACCGGACUGUGGCAUCGCACUGGAGCUCAACUGCGGCGACAGCAAGGACAAUGACAAAGAUGGCCUGGUUGACUGCGAGGAUCCCGAGUGCUGUGCCAGCCACGUGUGCAAGACCUCCCAGCUGUGCGUGUCGGCGCCGAAGCCCAUCGAUGUGCUGCUGCGGAAGCAGCCGCCGGCCAUUACCGCCUCCUUCUUCGAGCGGAUGAAGUUCCUCAUCGACGAGAGCAGCCUGCAGAACUACGCCAAGCUGGAGACCUUCAACGAGAGCAUUUUUUGGAAUUAUUUCAAUGCAAGCCGAUCGGCGGUCAUCCGCGGACGCGUCGUCACCUCGCUGGGCAUGGGCCUAGUGGGUGUCCGAGUCUCGACGACCACUCUACUGGAGGGCUUCACCCUGACCCGCGACGACGGCUGGUUCGACCUCAUGGUUAAUGGCGGAGGGGCUGUCACCCUGCAAUUCGGACGAGCGCCCUUCCGGCCCCAGUCGCGCAUUGUGCAGGUGCCCUGGAACGAGGUGGUCAUCAUCGACGUGGUGGUUAUGAGCAUGUCCGAGGAGAAGGGCGUGGCCACGACAACGACGCACACUUGCUUCUCGCACGACUACGACCUGAUGAAGCCCGUGGUGCUCGCCUCCUGGAAGCACGGCUUCCAAGGAGCCUGUCCCGACCGCAGUGCCAUCCUCGCGGAGUCGCAGGUCAUCCAGGAAUCGCUUCAGAUUCCCGGCACAGGACUGAAUCUGGUCUAUCACUCGUCGCGCGCCGCCGGCUAUCUGUCCACGAUCAAGCUGCAACUGACCCCCGACACAAUACCCGCCACGCUGCACCUCAUCCACCUCCGCAUCACCAUUGAGGGUAUCCUCUUCGAGCGCGUCUUCGAGGCCGAUCCGGGCAUUAAGUUCACGUACGCCUGGAACCGGCUCAACAUCUACAGGCAGCGCGUCUACGGCGUGACCACGGCGGUGGUCAAGGUCGGCUACCAAUACACGGACUGCAAGGACACCGUUUGGGACAUCCAGACCACCAAGCUGAGUGGCCACGACAUGUCCAUCUCGGAGGUGGGCGGCUGGAACCUAGACAUCCACCAUCGCUACAACUUCCACGAAGGCAUCCUGCAGAAGGGCGACGGCUCGAACAUCUACCUGCGGAACAAGCCCCGCAUCAUCCUCACCACCAUGGGCGAUGGCCACCAGCGACCUCUCGAGUGCCUGGACUGUGACGGGCUGGCCAUGAAGCAGCGUCUGCUCGCCCCCGUCGCUCUGGCUGCCGCCCCCGAUGGCAGUCUCUUUGUCGGCGACUUCAACUACAUCCGGCGCAUAAUGACCGACGGCAGCAUCCGCACCGUCGUCAAGCUGAAUGCAACUCGCGUGUCCUACCGCUACCACAUGGCCCUGAGUCCGCUCGACGGCACUCUGUAUGUCUCCGACCCGGAGUCGCACCAGAUCAUCCGUGUGCGCGACACCAACGACUACUCGCAGCCGGAGCUGAACUGGGAGGCGAUCGUGGGUUCCGGCGAGCGCUGCUUGCCCGGAGACGAGGCCCACUGCGGGGACGGAGCAUUAGCGAAGGACGCCAAGCUGGCGUACCCCAAGGGCAUUGCCAUCUCCAGCGACAACAUCCUGUACUUUGCGGACGGAACGAACAUCCGGAUGGUGGAUCGGGACGGCAUCGUGAGCACCCUCAUCGGCAACCACAUGCACAAGUCGCACUGGAAGCCCAUACCCUGCGAGGGCACCCUCAAGCUGGAGGAGAUGCACCUGCGCUGGCCCACCGAGCUGGCCGUUUCGCCCAUGGACAACACCCUGCACAUCAUCGACGACCACAUGAUCCUGCGCAUGACCCCAGACGGACGCGUUCGAGUGAUCUCCGGUCGGCCGCUGCACUGCGCCACUGCCUCCACGGCCUACGACACUGAUCUGGCCACACACGCCACCCUGGUGAUGCCACAAUCCAUAGCAUUCGGACCCCUCGGAGAGCUAUUCGUGGCCGAGAGCGACUCGCAAAGGAUCAACCGCGUGCGAGUGAUCGGAACGGACGGACGCAUUGCACCGUUCGCGGGCGUCGAGUCCAAGUGCAACUGCCUGGAGCGCGGAUGCGACUGUUUUGAGGCGGAGCACUACCUGGCCACAAGCGCCAAGUUCAACACCAUUGCCGCCCUGGCCGUCACCCCCGACGGACACGUACACAUCGCCGACCAGGCCAACUACCGCAUACGGUCCGUGAUGUCGAGCAUUCCCGAGGCGAGCCCCUCGCGGGAGUACGAGAUCUACGCGCCGGACAUGCAGGAGAUCUACAUCUUCAACAGGUUCGGGCAGCACGUCUCCACGCGCAACAUCCUCACCGGAGAGACCACGUACGUGUUCACCUACAACGUGAACACCUCCAACGGCAAGCUGAGCACCGUCACGGAUGCGGCCGGCAACAAGGUGUUCCUGCUGCGCGACUACACCUCGCAGGUGAACUCCAUCGAGAACACCAAGGGCCAGAAGUGCCGCCUGCGCAUGACCCGCAUGAAGAUGCUGCACGAGUUGAGCACGCCGGACAACUACAACGUCACCUACGAGUACCACGGCCCCACGGGACUCCUCAAGACCAAACUGGACUCCACCGGACGCUCAUAUGUCUACAACUACGACGAGUUCGGCCGCCUCACCUCCGCCGUGACGCCCACCGGAAGGGUCAUCGAACUGAGCUUCGACCUGAGCGUGAAGGGAGCCAUGGUGAAGGUGUCGGAGAACUCCCAGAAAGAGCAGUCGAUGCUGAUCCAGGGAGCCACGGUCAUAGUGAAGAACGGAGCCGCCGAGUCGCGUACAACCGUCGACAUGGACGGCUCCACGACCAGCAUUACGCCCUGGGGACACACCCUGCAAAUGGAGGUGGCCCCGUACACGAUUCUGGCCGAACAGAGUCCCCUGCUAGGCGAGAGCUACCCCGUGCCGGCCAAGCAGCGCACGGAGAUCGCUGGGGAUCUGGCCAACCGCUUCGAGUGGCGCUACUUCGUGCGUCGCCAGCAGCCGCAACUGCCGGGCAAGCAGAACAAGGCAACGCCACGCCCCGUCACCGAGGUGGGACGCAAGCUACGCGUGAACGGAGACAAUGUGCUGACCCUGGAAUACGAUCGCGAGACCCAGUCUGUGGUGGUGAUGGUGGACGACAAGCAGGAGCUGCUGAACGUCACCUACGACCGCACCUCGCGCCCCAUCAGCUUCCGGCCGCAAUCGGGCGACUAUGCGGACGUCGAUCUGGAGUAUGAUCGCUUCGGGCGGCUGGUUAGCUGGAAGUGGGGCGUGCUCCAGGAGGCCUACUCCUUCGAUCGCAACGGCCGCCUCAACGAGAUCAAGUACGGCGACGGCUCGACCAUGGUCUAUGCCUUCAAGGAUAUGUUCGGAUCGUUGCCAUUGAAGGUGACCACGCCGCGCCGCUCGGACUAUCUGCUGCAGUACGACGAUGCCGGGGCUCUGCAGAGUCUGACCACGCCGCGUGGCCACAUCCACUCGUUCUCGCUGCAGACGUCGCUGGGCUUCUUCAAGUACCAGUACUACUCGCCCAUUAACCGCCAUCCGUUCGAGAUUCUGUACAACGACGAGGGCCAGAUCCUGGCCAAGAUCCACCCCCACCAAUCCGGCAAGGUUGCCUUUGUGCACGACGCCGCCGGACGCCUGGAGACAAUUCUGGCGGGACUCUCGAGCACCCACUACACCUACCAGGACACCACCAGCCUUGUGAAGUCCGUGGAGGUGCAGGAGCCCGGCUUCGAGCUGCGCCGCGAAUUCAAGUACCACGCCGGCAUCCUCAAGGACGAGAAGCUGCGGUUCGGCUCCAAGAACUCGCUGGCCUCGGCCCACUUCAAGUACGCCUACGACGGCAACGCCAGAUUAAGCGGCAUCGAGAUGGCCAUCGACGACAAGGAGCUGCCCACGACCCGUUACAAGUACAGCCAGAACCUGGGACAGCUGGAGGUCGUUCAGGACCUGAAGAUAACACGCAACGCGUUCAACCGCACGGUCAUCCAGGACUCGGCCAAGCAAUUCUUCACCAUUGUGGACUACGACCAGCACGGUCGCGUCAAGAGUGUGCUCAUGAACGUCAAGAACAUCGACGUGUUCCGCCUGGAGCUGGACUACGACCUGCGAAACCGCAUCAAGUCGCAGAAGACGACCUUUGGCCGGUCCACGGCCUUCGACAAGAUCAACUACAACGCCGAUGGCCACGUGAUCGAGGUCCUGGGCACCAACAACUGGAAGUAUUUGUACGACGAGAACGGCAACACUGUGGGCGUUGUGGAUCAGGGGGAGAAGUUCAAUCUGGGCUACGACAUCGGGGAUCGCGUGAUCAAGCUGGGCGACGUGGAGUUCAACAACUACGAUGCCCGCGGCUUUGUGGUGCGUCGAGGGGAGCAGAAGUACCGGUACAACAACCGCGGACAGCUGAUCCACGCCUUCGAGCGCGAGCGGUUCCAGAGCUGGUACUACUACGACGACCGCAGCCGCCUGGUGGCCUGGCACGACAACAAGGGCAACACCACACAGUACUACUACGCCAAUCCGCGGACCCCGCACCUGGUCACGCACGUGCACUUCCCCAAGCUGGGCAAGACCAUGAAGUUCUACUACGACGACCGUGACAUGCUGAUUGCCCUGGAGAACGCCGAUCAGAGGUACUAUGUCGCCACCGAUCAGAACGGCUCGCCCUUGGCCUUCUUCGACAUGAACGGCGGCAUCGUCAAGGAGCUUAAGCGCACUCCGUUCGGGCGCAUCAUCAAGGACACCAAGCCCGACUUCUUUGUGCCCGUUGACUUCCACGGCGGUCUGAUCGAUCCACACACCAAGCUGAUCUACACGGAGCAGCGGCAGUACGAUCCCCACGUGGGUCAAUGGAUGACACCGCUCUGGGAGACCCUGGCCACCGAAAUGUCUCACCCCACGGAUGUGUUCAUCUACCGGUACCACAACAACGACCCCAUCAACCCGAACAAGCCGCAGAACUACAUGAUCGACCUGGACGCCUGGCUGCAGCUGUUCGGCUACGACCUGGACAACAUGCAGAGCACCCGCUACACCAAACUGGCCCAGUACACUCCCCAGGCUUCCAUCAAAUCGAACACGCUGGCCCCCGACUUUGGCGUCAUCUCCGGGCUGGAGUGCAUUGUGGAGAAGACGAGCGAGAAGUUCAGUGACUUUGAUUUCGUGCCCAAGCCGCUGCUUAAGAUGGAGCCAAAGAUGCGCAACCUUCUGCCGCGCGUCAGCUACCGUCGCGGUGUCUUUGGCGAGGGCGUGCUGCUCUCGACGAUUGGCGGACGGGCCCUGGUCAGCGUUGUGGAUGGAGCCAAUAGCGUAGUGCAGGACGUUGUGAGCAGUGUGUUCAACAACUCCUUCUUCCUGGACCUGCACUUCAGCAUACACGACCAGGACGUCUUCUACUUUGUGAAGGACAAUGUGCUGAAGCUGCGCGAUGACAACGAGGAGCUGCGUCGCCUGGGCGGCAUGUUCAACAUAUCAACACACGAGAUCAGCGAUCACGGCGGCAGUGCGGCCAAGGAGCUGCGCCUCCACGGCCCCGAUGCGGUGGUGAUCAUUAAGUACGGCGUGGAUCCCGAGCAGGAGCGUCAUCGCAUACUCAAGCAUGCCCACAAGCGAGCCGUGGAGAGGGCCUGGGAGCUGGAGAAGCAGCUGGUAGCUGCCGGCUUCCAGGGUCGCGGUGACUGGACCGAGGAGGAGAAGGAGGAGCUCGUCCAACACGGCGACGUCGAUGGAUGGAUUGGCAUUGACAUACACAGCAUUCACAAGUAUCCCCAGCUGGCCGACGAUCCCGGCAACGUGGCCUUCCAGCGCGAUGCCAAGCGCAAGCGCCGCAAGACCGGAAGCAGCCACAGAUCCAGCUCCAGCCGGCGCCAACUCAGGGUCGGCGAGCCGAAUGCGUGAGUCGAGGAGGACAAAGAGGAGCAGCAGCUUGAGCCCGAGCCCAAGACCGAGCUCGAGCCCGAGCUCGAUGUGGAGCUGGAGAGUGAAGCGGCCGAUGGGGAGUAUGGCGAGCAGGAGGACUACUUAAUAGCCGUGGGCAGAAAGGAGCAGAGGGACAGCAGCGAGACGGCUGAGGAGCAGAUUUUGUAAUUAGGUGAAAUACGCAACAGCGACAACCACAACCACAACCACAGCAGCACAAUGACACAUGACAAGAGAACACACAAGAGAACAUUCAACAAAACACUAAUUAAUAUGAACUUUGAUCAAGCUUAAAGUUUAGUAUUAGUCACCAGGCCACCCAGCCCAGAUAUGUAACGGCACCGGCAAUGGUAUGUGCACCGGAACCGAACAGAAAUAUGUAUGUGUAUGUUGAUGUUGAGUUUAGGCUUACAAUAGGCGUAGUCCAUGUGUGUAAUGUUUACUGGAUUUUUUUUUAGAAUUUAAGUCAGUGUCCUUCCGGACAACAGCCUGCUUGCAUUUGCAUUUGCAUUGGCAUUGGCAUUGGCAUCCGCAUGUACGCUACAAGAGCGUAUUUAUGAAUCGAAUGCAUCAGCAGAGGGACAGAGCUCCGAAUGGAGUGGAACAGAACAAAAUAGAACAGAAUAGAACAGAGCAAUGCUCGUAUUGUUUGAUCGCGAGCCUAUUUUGUGUCUGGUCUACCCAUUGGCCCAUUAGCAUUUGGAUGUCGAACGAUGAGUAUUACACAGCAAAAUAUGCAUACGAAUAAGUAAAGAUGUUAAUCUAACAGUUGAAUAAAUGUAAAGAGAUUAAAGGCCCCCAGUAGUAGCCCUAGCCCCUAGCCCCUAGACCCUAGCCUAGCCCCCACUCAUGGCUUGAAAGCUGCUUCACUUUCGUAAUGCUUUGUGUAUAUACGACUACGACUACUUUACUAUAUGCUUUAACUAUCGAUCAGCGCGUUUAUUUUUCUUUCAAACACGUACUUCUUUUCAACGAAAAAGAUACUUUACCCGAAUGCUCGAAUUUAAAUUACUCAGAAGCGUCUUCUUUGUUUGGAUAGCUGAGAAUCAAAAGGAAUCUUUAGACAUACAGACAGACAGACAGUCCCCCUUCAAAGCAAUGCAAUGCAAUACUCUAUCGACUCUUUCCACUCAUUUUUUUUAAAUGUUAAACUGUUGAAUUUGUAAUUCAAAGGAAAAAUGCAUUAAAAACUUUUUACAAAUUGUGAUAUAUAUUUCUAAACAUUUAAUUUGAGAACUUGAAGGUGACGAACAAAAAUCGAAGUAAAUCGAAUGGAAUCGAACCGAACCGAACCGAAUAUGAACAUGAACAGCAACACCAUGUACUGUACUCAUUUUUUUUAAAGAUAGUCCUUAACUUUUAGUUUUUAGACCGCAAUAUUUAGUGUGUACCGUUUGCCAUGUUAAUUUGUAAAAGCAACCCAGUUUUUAAUGCUAAAUCCCCCCACGGGAGUGUCACAUAGCGUUUAGUUUCUUUUAAUCUGGUGAUUUUUUUUUUGUUUGUUUUUUCAAUUAUUGCAAUUUUAAUUGCCCCGAUUUGAAGCCGUUUCUAAGGUCCCUUCUAUUUAGUUGGCCUUUAGCCAACAUUUUGUGUUUAUAAUUAUUAUUGAAAUAUUUAUAACUGAAACUAAACUAUUGACUAUUGAGAUAUAAACUAGCAUAAAAACUUAGUGUGCGUAUUUAGGUCUUGAGAAGUACGUGAACGUAAACGUAAACGUAAAUACACCCCUAUAAUAACCAUAUGGAACACACCUUGUAUUAUAUACACCCGCAAAUACACAAACACAAACACACACACACACAUACUACACAUACACAUAGUUAUUAAGGAUUAGGCUAAAGAAAGGAAGAUCGGUAAGAACGAAAAGGAUUAGCCCCUAACUAAUGUCAAAAUAAGCGAUGGAUACUGUUCCAAGGCAGAAUGGACUGGGGAGUGCAGAGAGAAGAGCGUAGUAAUUAGCUAAAGUGUUAGUAAUUUUAUUCAAUAAAAUUAUAAAUGAAACAAAAGAUAAUUGAUAAUGGAUAAACACUUAAACCCUAUAUUUAAGACUAUACAUCAUAAUCUGUACGCGUACAUUUUUUUUUUUUUUGAAGAGUGAAGCUGCUGCUGUGUAACUAAUAGAAGAUAUGGAAGCGAUAUCUUUCUCUAUUUUUUUUUUCUGAACAUUACACAGCAGAAACAUUUACUCAAACGGAAUAUUGUAAAAAUCGCAAACGUAUAUAAAUGUGUAUGUAAUAAGAUUAAGCAGCAUUAUAUUAACCAAAAAAA